AUGGAUCUGAGAGACCUUAUUGAAUCCAAGGACUUCUUGGAAGAAUCUAUAAAUGAAACAGACAUUGUCAUCAAGAGCAUCAAGAAGGAUGAUCUCGUGUACAUUUUCCGAAACAUCAAUGACAAUGCCACAGAGAAGUUAGAAGAUGAUCGAGAGCGAUGCAAAUUCAUGAUAUACAAGCAUAGGACCUAUACAGACAGGUAUAUAAGGAAUGUACAUUUGCUGAUCAAGAAGCUGUUGGAGCAUGACAGAUCUCUCUUCAAGGAAUUGCCUGAAGAGCACGUGAUCCAAAUCUUUGUGUAUCUCAACUAUGAUGAAUCAUAUCACAAUGAGUGUGUCGAAUUCAUCAAAUUGUUCGAGGAUGAUAAGGAUUGGUUGGAAAGAUUCAUUAGGAAAGAUACCUAUGAUCAUUGUAAGCUUCCUAUAUUCGAUACACCAGUGGAUGUAAAUGUGUAUCUUCUUGUGAGAGCCAUGCAAUAUGAUGCCUUGUUGUAUGAUAUCGAUCAUUGCCAUCAUAUCACUCUGUACAAUGCGGAUUCAAUUCUACAGAGAUUGAGGGAUCUAUCUAAAUUGAAGAAGAAGAACACCAUCUUCAUGAAGCGCCUGAGGUUGCUUAUAAAGAUCUUAGACAAAUUACAGAAGAGGAGCGAGGUUUGUAUGGUAGGCAAUCUAGAGCAUUAUGAACGAGAGAUUGAGAUAUUUGACGCGUCAAAUCCAUCACUCAUGAAGAAAAAGAGCGAUGGUUUCUUCGAUCUGACUUCUAUGGUUGACUAUGAUACCAUAAAAAACUUGUAA